AUGCAUAGUAGUCAGCGGAGACACCGUGCGCCGUUCCGACCGAUCGACACCCUUUCCUCCGCCCAGAAGCCUGCUCUCAAAACCCCAGCGGCCACCGCCCACGCCUACACGUCGGACGAUAGCGACUACCCUCACGAACAGUCGACCUCUUUGCUCGGUGACUCGAGCAAUCUCUUUGACGACAUCGAGAGCCCGGCGAGCCAUCCCACACAGAAGGAAGUCCUUCAGUCCCGCCUCAAGAUGGUGCGUGAGCGAGAGCCUCCCAUGGCUCAACCGCCACGCGAUGGAACAGCGGCGCCGCCAAAGCCUCUGCAAGACCUACGAAACCUGGCUCCACAGUUUGGCGAGACGAGCCCGCUGAGGAACCCGCUGAAGAAGGACCGGAGCGAGCAGUUUGCACACCUCUUCAACAAACCCAAGCCAGGCCAGAUGCGGCCCGAACACAGCCAGACGACCAAGCUACCGUCUCAAUACUCGGCGCCUUCUAGACCGUCCCAGAGCUCAGCCUCGAGCGGUAGCAGGGAUACACUCAACCGACCUUUCAAAGUGCCCUCCGCACAGUCAGGUUCGCGCUAUAGCACAGCGUCUACCUCAUCUACCGGUUCCGACAUCUUUGAAAUCGAUGCCUCGCAGUUUCAGCCCCGCCCGUCUCAAGGCGCCUCAGUACCCAUUCCACGGCCAUACAACCCACCACCAAAGACCAGCCAUCCUCCCCCGCGACCGAUUUACUCGUCCAUGGGCCACGCUGAUGGCUUUCAACCGUUGAACAAGGGCAUGCACAACCCGCUACAACAGGCGCGUCAGACAAUCAUAUUGGACGAUGAAGACAACUUCGACCCAGACGCGGCUAUUCGAGCCGAGGGUGGACGGUUCGGCGAGCCCGACCCGUACGCGUAUGUCGACUCUGGUGCGGCAAGCGAGAACAUCAAAGCGCUGCUUGAGGGUGCUUUCGAGGAAGACGAGAAGAUCCCCAGGACGCGACUUCGUAAGAAGAAGAAGCAGCAAGAGGAUGACGCUGGCAAUUCCCUGGCGGACCGACUACAAGCGCUCGCCGUCAAGGACGAAGAGGCCAAGGCAGAGGCUGAACCAGAAGAGGAAGAGGAAGAAGACGAUGGAACGGUCGAGGGUCUUAAGGUGAAGCUGCUGCCUCAUCAAGUCGACGGUGUCGCGUGGAUGAUCGAGAAGGAGACAGGAAAUCACAACAAGAAGGCCAAGCUGCCCAAGGGCGGUAUAUUGGCAGAUGAUAUGGGUCUGGGAAAGACCGUGCAAUCCCUCGCCCUCAUUCUUUCCAACCCUCGACCGGAGAAGGGUGUUGAGCCUGAGAACAAGAAGAACAAGAUCUCCGACUCCACCGGCAAAGGCACUCUUGUCAUCGCUCCUCUGGCUCUGAUCAAGCAGUGGGAGGCUGAGAUCAAGAGCAAGGUCGCCAAGUCGCACGCCCUCAAAGUCCUCGUACACCACGGCCCCAAUCGUACAGAGUCCGCUGAGAAGCUGAAACAGUACGACGUCGUCAUCACUACCUUCAACAGCUUGGCUACCGACUUCGCGAAGUGUGGUGAUGGCCCUGAUGGUCUGAAGAAGGGCUGCUUCGCCGUCUCUUGGUAUCGCAUCAUGCUGGACGAGGCACAUACCAUUAAAAACCGCACAACGAAGAUGGCAAAGGCUUGCUACGAGCUUCGUUCACACUACCGAUGGUGCCUUACUGGUACACCGAUGCAGAAUAACAUCGACGAGCUACAGAGUCUGAUUAAGUUCCUCCGCAUCCAACCGUACUGUGAGCUCUCUUCUUGGAAGGAGUCCAUCGCGCAGCCAAUGAAGAACGGUCGCGGCAAUCUUGCCAUGAAACGCCUCCAAGUCUUCUUGCGCGCUUUCAUGAAGCGGCGUACAAAGGAUGUGCUACGGAAGGAGGGUGCGUUGAACUUUGGCGGCAAAGCCAAGGAGGGCGAGGAGCGCCCGGCCUUCCACAUCGUUGCGCGAAACGUCGAGACCAUUAUAGGAGAGUUCACGAACAAGGAGCGCAUCUUCUACGACCGGUUACGAGACCGCACACAAGCUCGUCUUGAUGAGAUGAUGGGCGGUGAGAAGCAGGAUUACAUUGGGGCGUUGGUGUUGCUACUUCGUCUGCGCCAGGCUUGCAACCAUCCCAACCUGACGAAGAGCAACGUCAAGGAUGAUAAGGAUGCUUUGACAACCGGCUCGAAGUCAAACGCUGCAGCUGGUCUUCAAACUCCCCGCAAAGCAGCCAAGGACGACGCCGAUGACCUUGCGGACCUCUUGGGCGGCCUCAGCGUUGCGACUAAGCGGUGUGAUAUCUGUCAGAAUACACUUAACAGUGAUAAUACAGCUGCUGGCGGAGUACGUUGUACAGAGUGCGAGGAAGAUCUGAACGGGUCUGUCAAGAAGAAGCACAAGUCGAAGAAACACCGUAAACACAAGCACAAGGACGGCAAGAUCAAGAAGCAUCGGCAGCCGAAACCAGUCUUGGACUCCGAUGACGAAGAAGAGGCGCCACAAUCAACCGCUGCCAAACAUUCUCGCAACCGUCGCGUCGUUGUCGACAGCGAUGACGAAGAAGAGGAGGGCGAGUGGCUCGUCCCUGAAGAUCAACAGCAGGCUGAAGACCUGGGUAAGGCUGGCGGUACCGACGAUGAAAAUGCAGAAGGCGGUGGCGAUACUCUUGCUACCGUAGACUCUGACGCAUCUGAGACUGAGGACGAGAGCAAGAGCAACCUCGACUCGUUCGUCGUUCACGAUACCGACAGCGAGGACGGUGCGCCUGUUGCUCGUAAGAAGCUCGCUAAGAAGCCACAAAACGUCAUCAGCCUCGACUCGGAAGACGACGAAGAGGCCGACAGCGAGAGCGGCAGCGGCAGUGAUGGUGGCUCAGACGACUCUGCAACCGACUCCGAAGACUCCGACUCAGACCCAGACUCCCCUUCCUCAGAGUCUUCCUACAACGCCUCCUCCCUCGUCCCCUCCACCAAAAUCCGCCAACUCCUCGCCAUCCUCGAAAAAGAAACAGGCGAACACAAAGUGAUCGUCUUCUCCCAAUUCACAUCCAUGCUCGACCUCAUCGAGCCCUUCCUCAAGCGCGCAGGCUACAACUUCACCCGCUACGACGGCAGCAUGCGCAACGACCUCCGCGAAGCCAGUCUGCAGAAGCUGCGUGAAGAUAAGAGGACAAGAGUUUUGCUGUGUAGUUUGAAGUGCGGGAGUCUGGGGCUUAAUCUCACGGCUGCUAGUCGGGUGGUUAUUAUGGAGCCGUUUUGGAAUCCUUUCGUGGAAGAACAAGCCAUAGACCGCGUCCACCGCCUCAACCAAACCGUCGACGUAACCGUCUACCGCCUCUCCAUCCACAACUCCGUCGAAGAACGCAUCCUCGAGCUGCAGGAAGCCAAGCGUAAACUCGCCAACGCCGCCAUCGAAGGUGGUAAAGCGAUCAAGAAUCUGACCAUGAAGGAUAUGAUGGCGUUGUUUAGUAGGGAGAGCGAGUAUGAUCGCAGGCAUGAUGAUGAUGCUAAGGAUAUGGAGUUGUAUGGGAGGAGGAAGGUGUUGGAUGGGGAGGAUGGGGAUAGGGAAGAGGUGCUGGAGGAGGGGAGGAGGAGGAAGGCGGGGAGUUUGGGGUUUAAGGCGGUUAAGAGGACGGAGAGGAGGGAGGAGGGGGGUGCUUAUGGGCGGCGUUGA